AUGGCCAAGGACAAUAAAUACUCCGUCAUCCUUCCGACCUACAAUGAACGGAGGAACCUCCCUAUCAUAUGUUGGCUCCUGGAACGGACAUUUCGCGAGAACAAGCUGGACUGGGAAGUAAUCAUCGUCGACGACGGCUCCCCGGACGGUACGCUCGACGUCGCCAAACAGCUCCAGAAUGUCUGGGGCGCCGACCAUAUCGUCUUAAAACCUCGCGCUGGAAAGCUCGGCCUCGGAACUGCCUACGUCCACGGGCUGCAAUUCACAACCGGAAACUUCGUGAUUAUCAUGGACGCCGAUUUCAGCCAUCACCCGAAGUUCAUCCCGGAGAUGGUCCGCAUCCAGAAGGAGACAGACGCCGACAUUGUCACCGGCACGCGUUACGCUUCCCGUGACGGCAUUCGCGGCGGGGUGUACGGGUGGGAUCUGUUCCGGAAGUUCACGUCGCGCACUGCGAACUUGAUUGCGGAUGUAAUGCUCAUGCCUGGUGUGAGUGAUUUGACGGGCAGCUUUCGAUUGUACAGGAAGAGCGUGCUGGAGAAGGUGAUUUCUAGUACGCAGAGUAAGGGCUACAGUUUUCAGAUGGAGAUGAUGGUCAGGGCCAAGGCGAUGGGGUACAAGGUUGCGGAGUGCCCGAUCACAUUUGUUGACCGGCUGUAUGGAGAGAGUAAACUGGGAGGCAGUGAGAUUGUGGAGUAUUUGAAGGGUGUCUUUAAUCUCUGGCUUAAGGUUUGA